CCAGUUGUGACAACAGAGGGGCACUGCUUGUGUUUGCUGCUGAAUCACUGAGGUGACGGUCUAACGAGAAAAAGAAAUGGCACAGGAUUACGUGGACAGUAAAAUUCAUCCAGACAAGGUGGUUCUUUUCAUCAAGCAGAGCUGCCCUUAUUGUGUAUCAGCGCGGAAUGUGCUUGAAGCCUACGAUUUCAAGCAAGACCGUCUGCAGAUCUACGAUAUUAGUGGCCUUCCCGAAAUGAAAGCUAUCCAAGACUACUUUGAAAAAAUAACCGGAGCCAGAACUGUGCCACGUGUGUUCAUUGGGACUGAAUGUGUUGGAGGUGGCUCGGAUGUUGUUAAGCUGGAAAACGACGGAUUGCUGAAGGGCAAACUGAGUGCCAUUGGUGCCAUCUAACCCUUGCCUUUGAUAGGUAUCCAAGGUCUGGCUGACGGUCUAUUACAUGAGGAUACAACGAGAUCUCCCAGAGUGAAUGUGGUGCCUGUACUCAGUCAGCUCCUGCAAGUACGAACUUGAAGGCCACCUAUGAUUUUCUACAAAUGCUUGCUCGUCCUCUGCAAAUAAAUAAUAAAAAGAUUGACCGUGAA